AUGGCCUUCCUCUGGUUCGUCUCCUGCCUCGCCUUCGUCAGCGCCGCCUAUGGUGAGAAACACAGACAUGUUUUAUUCACACAUGUAUUAAUAGAAAGUGUGUGUGGUCAUAUUCAGUCACAGAGUUUAACAGUGAUGAUGAAAACAGCAGAAUAUCCCUUUAAUCGGUGUCACCUGUCGUCCUGCCAGGCUGCGGUGUCCCCGCCGUCCCUCCCCAGGUGACUGGCUACGCCCGCAUUGUCAACGGUGAGGAGGCUGUGCCUCACUCCUGGCCCUGGCAGGUGUCCCUCCAGGUGAGUCAGCUGAUGACCCCCCAAAAAAAGAAAAAACUCUCCAUUUCUUCUUUUUCUUCUUCUUCUCAAGAAUAACUUUUCCUUUUAUCCUCCAGCAAUCCAGCGGCUUCCACUUCUGCGGUGGAUCCCUGAUCAACGAGAACUGGGUUGUGACCGCCGCUCACUGCAACGUCAUGUAAGUUUAACAACCCAGUGUCACUCCUGAGGCUGUAGAUGAAGGUCCAAAAGAUCCUUCUGAAGAGUCUGAAAACACCUCACAUAUUUUUAUUGACACGCUGAAUAACACAGCUUAUUGUAGAUCCGAACUUGAGUGCUUGGUCGAAUUUUAAACACUGCAAAAACGAACACCAAGCUUUCAAAGUUUUUUUGUCUCAAUUCUAGUGAAAAAAAGUCUCAUUAGAUUUGAAAUAAACCACUUUCACUUGAGAGUGAAAUAAAUAUCUUGUCCAAAGAUGUUGGAAAACUACAUUUAAGACCUGCAAAGUAAGAAAAUUUAUACUUGUUGAAGAUCUUUCUGUUUGUGACUAAUCUGGCGCCCCCUGUGGACAAAACAGACUCUGCUUAUCUUUUCCUUUACAUGCUUCAUUUGCAACUUUUGACAAAAAAACUCAUCCUUGUUUUUUUCUGAAAGACCUCUGUGCAAUAUGGCCAAAUAUGAGACCUGCUGAGUCAACCAUAGACUGCAAUCUCCAUGCUGAAGUGCAAAAAAGCUGCAAUACCUCAAGUGUCCACUUGAGGCAAGCUGCGAAAGCCAAAAAAUCCCCCUUAGAUCCAAUGAAAAAAUGCCUGACUUACCACAAAUAUUAAACACAGUCGAGUUAAUGAAACAAUUUUGUUUCCAUAGCUCAGUUCAUUUGUGCUUCAGUUAAAUUUUGCCUUUAUAAUGAAUCUUAAUGUUGAUAUAGCGGCAAAGAAUUAAACAUAAAUUGUGACGACAGUUUUGGUCCAUUAGCUCUGCAUCAAAGCGUCGUUUUUAUCCGUUUUCCCAAAUCUUAUUUGUUAUUGUGUGAACUGGCCCUUUAAACUCCUGCUCCCUGUCUCCUACCAGGACCUACCACCGUGUGGUUGCUGGAGAGCACAACAAAGGCUACGGCUCCAACGAGGAUGUCCAGGUCCUGAAGCCUGCCAGGGUGAGAACCAGCCAUCAGCCAAUCACCUUUCAGAACUCGCCACUCUACCGUUUCUAACCCCUCCUCCGUUCCCCUCAGGUGUUCACCCACCCCGCCUGGAACCCCCGCACCAUCAACAACGACAUCGCCCUGAUCAAGCUGGCCACCCCCGCCAGGCUCGGAACCAACGUGUCUCCCGUCUGCCUCGCUGAGUCCUCCGACAACUUCCCCGCUGGCAUGACCUGCGUCACCUCUGGAUGGGGUCUGAUGCGUUACAACGGUGAGGCUGCUGUGUAUCAUGCUAAUAACAAUACAGGGCUUUUAUUUUGAAGGGUCAGGAGGGAGUGUGUUUGAAUGUGUUUGUGUUUGACCUCCCACAGCUCCCAGCACUCCCAAUGACCUGCAGCAGGCCGCUCUGCCCCUGCUGUCCAACGAGCAGUGCAAGAGACACUGGGGCAGCAACAUCUCUGGUGUGAUGAUCUGCGCUGGUGGAGCUGGAGCCACUUCCUGCAUGGUGAGGCCCCGCCCACCCGCUCACCUGUCUGAAAUCUGAUCACAGAUGCAUACCUGUCACACAUCUAUCAGUCUUCUCUGUCUCAAACUUCUCCACACAUCACUGCCUCACCUGUCUCAGCUCCUCGUCUCACCUGUCUCAGUUCUCCUCUAUCUGUCUCUGAUCUCUCUGUCUUCUCUGUCUCACACCUGUAUGUCUGAUCAUUUCCUGUCUUUCAGGGCGACUCUGGCGGUCCCCUGGUCUGCCAGAAGGACAACGCCUGGACUCUGGUCGGUAUUGUGUCUUGGGGAAGCAGCCGUUGCUCCACCUCCACCCCUGCCGUCUACGCCCGCGUCACCGAGCUCCGUGGCUGGGUUGACCAGACCCUCGCUGCCAACUAA